AUCUGGCUCCGGAAUCCGGGAUGAGUGCGAACGUGGUGGGAAGAAGGCUUCGAAGCCCUGGAUUCUUCGGAGUUCUCUUCUGGGAGGGAACAAUCGAUUCGGAACACUGAGCGAGGCUCCUGGUGUGAGGAAGACCCUUUUGUAGUGGGAACAGAAUCAUUAAGGUCCUUGAGAUGGUGAUGGCUAUUCCUCAUGAAUUUGAAUAUGGAGGCCACUGUGACAGAUGAAGUAGAGAAAAUAAAAUCAAAGUUUAUAUCUGCAUGGCACAAUAUGAAAUAUGGCUGGGUACUGAAAACCAAAACUUACUUUAGCAGAAAUUCUCCUGUCUUUUUGCUGGGAAAGUGCUACCAUUUCAAGAGUGAUGAGCCCAGUGACCAGUCACCAAAUGGUUCCAGUGAUGAUGUUGUAGAAGAAGGGUUUUCAAGAAAUGUUGAAGAGUUCCGUAAAGACUUUAUUUCUAGGAUAUGGCUGACUUACAGGGAAGAAUUUCCCCAAAUCAAGGGUUCGGCUUUAACCACAGACUGUGGCUGGGGCUGUACUCUGAGGACUGGCCAAAUGCUUCUGGCCCAAGGACUUAUUCUCCACUUUCUUGGUAGAGAUUGGACUUGGCCAAAUGCAUUUGUCUUUGAGAAUCCAGAGUCUGAAUCAUGGACAGGUCAGACAGUAAAAAAGCUCACAGCGUCUCUUGAAGCAUCACUUACAGGAGAAAGAGAAUUCAGGAACCAGUCAAAUCAUCCUACAGGUCCAAUACACAACUGGGAAGGCGAAGAAAGCCUGGAGGAGCAGUAUCAUCGAAGAAUAAUCUCCUGGUUUGGUGAUUCACCACUAGCCAAUUUUGGCUUGCAUCGACUGAUAGAAUAUGGAAAUCAGUCUGGAAAAAUAGCUGGAGAUUGGUAUGGGCCAGCUGUUGUAGCACAUCUUUUGAGGAAAGCAGUUGAAAAGGCAAGAGACCCAGAGUUACAAGGAAUAACUAUCUAUGUUGCUCAAGACUGUACAGUUUACAAGUCUGAUGUUAUUGAUGCACUCUGCCCUUUCAUGGAUUCUGAAAACACAGAUGCUAAAUCUGUGAUUAUAUUAAUUCCUGUGAGGCUUGGUGGUGAACGGACCAAUAUGGAAUACUUUGAGUUUGUGAAGGGAAUUUUGAGUCUUGACUACUGCAUUGGCAUUAUUGGAGGCAAACCUAAGCAGUCAUAUUACUUCACUGGAUUUCAAGAUGACAGCUUGAUUUACAUGGAUCCUCAUUAUUGCCAGUCUUUUGUAGAUGUCAGCAUAAAGGAUUUCCCCCUUGAGUCCUUCCACUGCCCUUCUCCAAAGAAGAUGUCGUUUAAAAAAAUGGAUCCGAGUUGCACGAUAGGAUUAUAUUGUCCCAAUGUGCAAGGUUUUGAAAAGGCUUCUGAAGAAAUAACUAAGAUUCUGAAAUCCUCAUCUAAGGAGAAGUAUCCUUUGUUUACCUUUGUAAAUGGACAUUCUAGAGACUAUGAUUUUGUGGUGAGUCCAGUCCAGGAAGAGAAGGCAAUGUUCUCUGAAGAUGAACAGAAAAAGUUGGAAUGUUUUAGUAAUGGAGACUUUGUCUUGCUAUGAGGACAUUUUUAUUUAUUCAUUUAAAGUUUUUAUGCCCAGUCUUCACAGAAUCUACAAGUGGCUCCACUAAAAGCUAAAAUCAACAUAUAAUUAAAACAUAAUUAAAAGUAAUUAAUAAAAAUGUGGCAAUAAAGCAGUAUACUACCAAGGACUAUCACCAGUGAUCAGUUUUCCAAAACUUGUUUUCUGAAUCGCAGCAAAGGGGACCCUAGAAAGGAGUUUAAGACUAGGCACCACUGUCCAGUAAUCUUUGCUUUGCGUAACCAUGCACAGCACGUCAGCUGGGAAGUGACACAGAGUGGACAUUCCAGUGGUGACUCAAGUCAAGCCUGCAAGAUAAUGAUCAUCAAUUCUUCCAGCAGUGAAUUCCAGGUGCUGGAGAUAUUAAGCCCAGUUAGACCUGAAGUCUGUGCUUAUCAGUCCAGGUAAAAAAAAAAAGUAAAAAGCAGGCAAUUUGAGCAGCAGAAGAAGGAAUUUCUCAUAUGAUCAACAUAAAGCAACAUCACAUGGAGCAACAGUUUUUUAAUUUAAACUUUGUUUAUCAGUGUAGCAAUUCAUGAACAAAUUCACUUUAAUGAUUAAAAUACAAGGUUUACAAAACAAAACAUCUAAUGGCAUAUAACUACUAAGAACAGACUUGCAAUCAGUAUGUCAAAAAGCCUAGGAAAUAGUAAUUCUUUUCCUAGUGUUUGAAAGAACAUGCUAAAGUGAACCCAGAACCUGUAGUGUCAGAGGCGAAUUAAUAACUCGUGGAAGAUGAUAAAGGACAAUCAGUGUUGAAGGCCUAUAGAUGUUUAGGCACAUCUGCAUAAUUUAUUCAUCAUGGUAGUCAGAUUUAGCCCAUUCUAAGCACAGUUCAUAAAUUGUAUAGCAUCUUCCAUACAUUUGGUUUUUGCACCAGACUUCUUUGACCAUAGCCAUCACACAACAGAAAAAGGGAUAAGCCUUAUACGUAUACCAACAAGUAUGUCUCCUGGCCCUUGUGCAUCAGUCAGGAAGUCAAGAAGGUCCUCAAGGCCUUCUGACACCUGUUAGCCAAGUGGCUUAAGGAUACAUGUCAAUGAGUUUGUAGUUCUGAACUGCCAUACCAUCUCUAAUCCUAUAGCUCCACUUAGAAUAAGUGUACACUGAUAUACCCAUUACAUAGUGUUGCUCUGCAGAUCUACAUUGACUUGUAUGGAUUUCCUUAAAGCAGUACACUCACAGCAGAUGAUGGGGACCCUCUGUCCUAAGAGUGCACUUUGGUAAAAAAUCUGCUAGUACCAUUUAGCUAACAACACAUAGCAUUUAGAUGUAUCAUAAAGUGACCACUACGGUAAUGUAUAAUCCACCUGCUCCAACAGAUUCAGGGAAAUGACAGCAUUUGAACAGAAAAGAUGUUGCCUUGAAAUAUCCAUGGGCAAAUUCCAUUGAACAUUUAUGCUCUCUCAGAAUCAAGGGUUAGUUUUAAACAUACUUUAAAAUGUAUAAAGCAAUUUAUUUUGAUAAUAGACAAAUAUAAUGGCAUGUGAUAAAAGGAUACUAUGCUUAUUAAAAUAUGGUUUAAUGUUGAUGUGUUAGGCUUGUUCUUUCAUAUACUUCCAGGCUUUUCCACAAUUUCUAUUUUGAAUUCAGUUCCAUUUUUGACAGUGAGUAGAUUCACUCCAAUGUGACUAACUUUCUGUUGAUGUACACUGGGUAUUUUUUUCAUUUUUGAUAAUGCCUGAUAAGAAAGAACCUAUGAUUGAAGCACUUUUGGCACCAUGGUGUGAUUCAGCAGACCCUCACUUAACUAACUUAAGCCAGACAAAGGAACUGGCUAGUUUGGUGAGCUUAUAAGAGAGCAUACAUUUGUUGGAAACCAGUACUUAGAAUGUUGUCUUGUUAUAAUCUAGGCCUGAUCUGGAUCAAGAACCAGGGAAUCAAAAUAUUAGUGUUAUUUUGUGUCAAUCCCUAUACUGUUUAAUGAUGUAAUCAUGGAAUGCCAAUUCCAGGGUGUGUAUUGUGCUCAGAUGCAUUUUUACUUUUUACCAGUGAUGCUUAUGGAAUUAUGUAAGCUGAGCAGUGAGUUAAGGUUGCUAUUUAGCAAUAUGAUCUUAUAAUGACUACUCAUUACAGUUGUAAUUGAAUUUUAACAGGAAAAUUUAAUACAAUAUUGGCUUCCCCCUCCCAUUUUGCUACUAUUAAACUAUAGCCUAUAAUAUUAGAUACAAACAAUGGUUAGAUAGGAGCUCUGUUUAAUCUCUUUUACUUUCAAGUGCAAUUUGGAUAUCUAUACUCUUAAUAUCGAAGUUCUUAAAUAUAAACCUAUGGCUGUAGAGUGAGACACCAGCAGCAGACACAUAGGUAUAUCACAGUAUGGUUUUGUAAAAAUUUAUAGGUCUAUGUGUCUCUGGAAGAACUGAUUACUUAAACACGUAAACAAGAGGUUUCAUUUAAUUUAAAAUGUGGGCAGCAUGGUUUAAAAUGCAGGGUUUUUUUUCCUUGAAGGGAUGAUUUCAUUCUAUUUUCUAAAGAAAUAAGCAGUGUAAAAUGUUCUUCUUUAUUUCUUGUAACCAACAUUUACAUUCUGAUAGAGCUAACUGAAUAACUGUCUAUAUAGCUACGUUUUAUAUGAAUGGCAAAAAACAGUUUAUAGGUUUAGCACAAGAACAUUUCUUGAAAUUAGGCCUAAUGCAAUGAAUGGAAAUCUUACAAGAAGGGUGAGAUGUAAGAGCAGGAUUAAGUGUACCUGGAAGUCAUGCAAGGCAAUCCUGUGCUUUUUUGCACAGAAAAAGUUCCAUUGUGUUUAGUGUGAUUUACACCAUGGAAAGUAUAGUCCGGGUUGCAAACUUAAAUGUGUUUGGCUGUUCCUGCUUUUAAGAUGAAGAUGGCCUAUGCAUUGCUUUAUGGAACAGAUCAAUUCAUUUUUACCUAUGCAUUUUUCAUAUGGAUGUCUAAAUAAGAAUAGCUAAUUGGUACAUAUAAUUUAACAAAACAAAAUAAUCAAGAAACUAAAUGGAUUAACAAAAAAAAGUUGUUAUAUGUACAUUACAUCAAGGGCAAAAGUGUAGACUUUUUGAUUGAAAAGAAACAGGAAUCUUUAAUUAAACAUGGAUUCCUCAGCUACAUUUAUAUUGUUUAUAGAUCUGUGUAUGUUUCACCUGUGAGGAUUUAUUUAUAAGGAAAGACUUGGGCAUAUAGAAGUGCAACUAAAACCUUAAAUUAUCAUGUGAUGCUAUUUGUGAUAUCUCUGUAUUUAGUCACAGAUUUUUUACAGAAUAAUACAAAUACCAUUUGUUCAUUUCUAAACUGUUAAUGUCACUUUAACUAUCCAUUUACCUUGGUGUGUAUCUUCAACUUCUUUUUAAAUAAAAAAAUGAAUUUUC